GAAAAGCACUAAUUGAACUUGUUCAGUUCAAACUAGUUCAGACCUGAACUGCACAACUCUAGCAAAGAAAAUAAAUAAAAUACACUAAUCUAACGAAAUAUUGCACUUGCAAUGAAAUUAGACUAGUUGUGGGAGGAGCAGCCCAUCAACUAAAGCCAAGCACAUCCAGAGCACUGGCAAGUACUCUCGAAUAAAACAACACCAAAGCAGACGCCAUUUUGUCUAUUGGCCGGCUGAUCUGUAAGCUUAGAGGCCAGAAAAAAAUUCGCGAAAAAUAGUUUCUAAACAUUUUGAGUGUGCACUAUGAAAUUUUAAAACCCAAAUUUAACUGUAAGAUAUAUACGCUCGAAUUGUGCAAGAGUAGUAACGAUUAGGACGCAAAGUGAUAAUUUUUUUGGGUGGAUAGGAAAAAUGGUUUAUAGAUUUUUGCAAAUUGUGACCGCUGCUGUGAAGGAAUAUGUAAACUAAACGCAACGCGCCGCGAAAAGCAGUGCAAAACACGAACACGAGCGUGCACGGGGCAAUAGCUCUUAUUGGAGCAGGACAAUAAGGAAAGACGAGCCCAUCCGCCCGCAGCCGGGACCGAUCCCGGGAGUCGCCCCAAAUUGUCUCGACCAACAGUGCCUCAAAUAGCUAACCAGACAACAGGCAACACAGAAAAGGAAACGGAACCAGAACCAGAACCCAGGACUGCCAUAGCCAAUCAAAAGCCAAAUAGCCGCCCAGUGCAGACUGCAGUAGGAUUACAAUCACACCACAAGGACUAGAGCUCUCCCCAGUUCCCCUCCACUCAACCCCGUUACACGUCCACCCCACCCACGACGACGGCAACGAAGGCGCUGCUAAGGCAGCCACAACGCUUCAAGAACAACCACAAUGACGUUCGAUACGCGCAGGCAAACCACUGGACAGCCGACCAGCAGCGCAACUACAACAGCCACAACCACCACGAGUCCGGCUCAGAGUUCCAUGUCGGGAAUGGGGACAACAGGAGGAGCUGGAACGGGAACUGUCACUAGCGCUAGCUCAGGGACUGUCACAGUCACGACAUCGACAUCGAGCAUGCCGAGCAGUGCGGGAAGCAGUGCUGGGGGAGGUAGCUCUGCCGGAGGUGGCAUAGACACCACCAGCAGCAGCAGCAGCAGCGGCGGCGGUGGCGGUGGCGGUAGCGGCAACAAUCAGGAGCAAACGCCGGCCAGCACAAGUGCAGACGCUGACAGUGUGGUCGGAUCGUCGUCGGUCAGCAGUGUGGACAGCAUCGUCACAAUAGUGCCACCAGAGAAGCUGAUAUCAUUGUUUCCCACAACCAAACUGCGAUCGCUGACCCAAAAGAUAUCCAAUCCCCGAUGGGUGGUGCCCGUACUGCCCGAGCAGGAACUAGAGGUGCUCCUAAACGCAGCCAUUGAGCUGACCCUAGCCGGCGUGGAUCACGACUGCGAGCCGUGUGUGGAGUUCUAUCGGAAUGGGCUGAGCACUUCGUUUGCAAAGAUCUUAACGGAUGAGGCUGUCAACUCGUGGAAGUACAACAUCCAUCAUUGCAUCCUGGUGUCCUGCGGCAAGCUGUUGCAUCUCAUUGCCAUACAUAUGGUGCGUGACAAUCCCUACCUGCUCGAUCUGCUGGCCAUUGUCUUCGAUCCGGAGAAUAAGUUCAAUGCGUUCAAUGCGGCCCGCCAGCCGGAAUGCUUUGCGACGCCCGACUGCAUCUGGGGACCGCUGGACAGCAACAAGUUGUACGCGAGGCCGCCGCCAGAGCCGAAGAGUGCACGCGGCUGGCUUGUGGAUCUCAUAAAUCGCUUCGGACAGCUGGGUGGCUUCGACAAUCUGCUUGAGCGAUUCAACAAGGGGCUGGAGCUGUUGAAGCGUAACCAAAAUAAGGUACCGGCCAUCAAGAGUGGCGGAUCCUCCUCCAGCGAAGGCGGCGAGGAGGGCGGACAGGACAAUCGUUUGACUCUGGCGGUGAUAUACAGCCUUUUGCGGCCGUUUGGCCAGUGUCACGAGCUCCUCACGCCCGCCACCAUUGCCAAGUACUUUAUGCCCACUUGGAAUGUGGUCCUCGAUCUGCUGGACAGCUUCACCGACGAGGAACUGAAGCGCGAGGUGAAGCCCGAGGGGCGCAACGACUACAUUAAUGGCAUAGUAAAGUCUGCGCGUUUCCUGGCGGGCCGCCUGUCCGGCCAGGAGGACCUUAUACGCGACCUGGAGAUGUUCCGCCUGAAGAUGAUCCUUCGCCUGCUGCAGGUCUCCAGCUUCAAUGGCAAAAUGAAUGCCCUGAACGAGAUCAACAAGGUUCUGACCUCGGUGGCCUACUACUCGCAUCGCUCUCAACCACUGCCACACUCCCUGCCCGAGGACGAUAUGGACUGGCUGACGGCGGAGCGCAUGGCCCAGUGGAUCAAGGCAUCCGAUGUGCUGGGCAUCGUACUCAAAGACUCGCUGCAUCAGCCGCAGUAUGUGGAAAAGCUGGAGAAAAUCAUACGCUUCCUGAUCAAAGAGCAGGCCCUAACGCUGGACGAUCUGGAUGCCGUGUGGCGUGCCCAGGCGGGCAAGCACGAGGCCAUCGUAAAGAACGUGCACGAUCUGUUGGCCAAACUGGCCUGGGACUUCACGCCCGAACAGCUGGAUCAUCUCUUCGAGGCGUUUCAGGCCAGCAUGACGACGGCCAACAAGCGUCAGCGAGAGCGUCUGCUGGAGCUUAUCCGGCGCUUGGCCGAGGACGAUAAGAACGGUGUGAUGGCCCAGAAGGUGCUCAAGCUGUUCUGGACGCUGGCCCACAGCAAGGAGGUGCCGCCGGAGGUGCUCGACCAGGCCUUGGGGGCGCACGUCAAGAUCCUCGACUACAGCUGCUCGCAGGAGCGCGACGCCCAGAAAACUAUUUGGCUGGACAAGUGCGUGGGCGAGCUAAAGGCCGGCGAUUCGUGGGUGCUGCCCGCCCUGCGGCUGAUCCGUGACAUCUGUUGCCUGUACGACACGACGCCCAAUCAUGCGCCGCGCACGCAGACGUCCACCAACCGCCAGCAGGUGAUCGAGCGGCUGCAGAACGAGUACUCUUUGGUCAUCCUGGUCACCAACAGCCUUACCGCCUACAUGGAGAAGGUGCGCCAGCUGGUGGCCGAGACGCCAGGCCUGGAGCCCGCCGCGAUACUGAUCGACAAUCGGUUUCCCCAUCAGGCGCAGAUCUCCGAGCGCCUCGAGUUUCUCAAGUUCCUGCUGAAGGACGGGCAGCUCUGGCUGUGCGCCGAUCAGGCGAAACAGAUCUGGCACUGUCUGGCGGUGAGCGCGGUGUUUCCGUCGGAUCGCGAGGAGUGUUUCCGCUGGUUCGGUAAACUGAUGGGCGAGGAGCCGGACCUUGAUCCGGGCAUCAACAAGGACUUCUUCGAGAACAACAUCCUGCAGCUGGACCCGCAUCUGCUCACGGAGAGCGGCAUCAAGUGCUUCGAGCGGUUCUUCAAGGCCGUCAACUCGAAGGAGGACAAGCUGAAGGCCAUCCAUCGGGGCUAUAUACUGGACAACGAGGAUCUCAUAGGCAAGGACUAUCUGUGGCGCGUGAUAACCACCGGCGGCGAGGAGAUUGCCAGCAAAGCAAUCGAUCUCCUGAAGGAAGUGUCCACCGCCCUGGGGCCCCGACUGUUGGAGAACAUUUCCGAGUUCCACGAGAUGUUCAUCGGCGAGUGCUGCUCGCGUCUGCGCACCCACUAUGGCAACAUUGUGAUCCUGGGCAACACGCAGCUGCAGGAGGAGGCGGACGACCCCAACAACCAGGCGGACAACUCGAACGACUCGAAGGACACAAAGAUGCGGUUCAUCGAGGCGGAGAAGAUGUGCCGCAUCAUCAAGGUUCUGCAGGAGUACAUUAAGGAAUGCGAUCGCUCGUUCAGCGGCGAUCGCAUCCACCUGCCCCUCAGCCGCGUGACGCGUGGCAAGAACACUAGUCUGUACAUCCGGUUCCAGAAUCCCGGACGACCCAUUGACGACCUCGAGAUUGUGACGCACAGCAACGAGACGGUGGCGGCCUUCAAGCGGAAUCUACUGAAGCGCAUCAAGGGCACCUCCACCACCAACAUCAAGGUGGAUCUGUUCUACACCAACGGGGAGAUGAUCGAGGUCUCCGACGAGAUCAAUCCCCUCUACCAGUACACAAUACGCGACAAGAUGAUCCUCACCGCCAAACUCACGCCCGUGGGCUCUGGCCUCGCCAGCGACCUGGACUCCUCCAGCGACUCGAGCACCGGCUCCCCGCCACGGCCCUGCCCCGACAUGCAGCGCGUGGAGUCUGAGAGCACCCUCCCCGGGGUGAUUAUCUCCCAGAACUAUCAGUACACGGAGUUCUUUCUGAAGCUCUAUCAACUGGGAAGCGAGCUGGAGCACGGUCGCCUGCGGGACAGUGCCAAGGUGUUGCUGCAUCUGCUGCCCUGCGACAGGCAGACCAUGCGGCAGCUACAGCUGAUGUGUCGCGUGCCCAAGGCAGCACAAGAGAAGGCAGUCGCCAAGGACGGGGAGGCGGCAGAUGAGACGGCAGGCGAGACUGAAGGGGUAAGUGCUCAAAGAUUGAUCUGCAUACGACAGCCUUUUCACGGGGCAUCUUUCCAGCAGGAGAGCUGCACCCCCGAACAGAUGUACCUGCAUCCGACGCCCGCCCAAGUGCUGUACAACCUUAGUGUGCUGCAUGGCCUGCUGAUACCCGCCUUGGAACCGCUGGGAGAGUCGGCGCUGCAGGUGCAGUCCGCCUGGAUGCACUCGGGGUGCGCCCACUUUGUGCUGGAGCUGCUGACCAAGAACAACUUUCUGCCCAGCGCCGAUAUGCACACGAAGCGUGCUUCCUUCCAGUGCGUGCUGCGGCUGGCCAAACUGUUCCUCUACAUUGUCGGGAGCGUGCUGUCGCGCGUGGGCGAUGAGCCGAUGAUCUGCGACUAUGAUAAUGGAGCCCGCUCCCAGGUGGACAUACUGAAGCAGAACUUUUCGAGCACCCCGAACAGUUCGCAGGGCACGCUGAGGGCCAUUUCGGCCAAGCUGGCGGUGUUGCUGGCCCGGGAGAUGCUCUCCGCCAGCCAGGAGGGCGAACGCUGUCGCGCGCUCUUCAGCUCCACGCUGCAGUGGUCCUGUCCGGACAUCUCCACCAUUAAGGCGGUGGUGCAACUGGCCUGGGCCUCCUCCUGCGGCAAUCUGCAAGCCUUGGGCAGCAGCAACGGCUGCGAUUUUGAGGAUGAGGUGGUCGUGCCGGACAGCCAGGACUUUAGCAUGUGCAAGGAGGCUCUCGAAGUGCUCACCAUCUCGUUCAUUCUCAAUCCGAGCGCCAACGAGGCGCUCAGCGGCGAUGCCAAUUGGGCGAAAUUCAUCACCUCCAUUGUGCUGAAGAAUCCCCUGCGGCACGUGCGACAGGUGGCCUCCGAGCAGCUGUUCCUCGCCUCCACCUACUGUGCCGGCGAUCGCCGUCCGUUCAUUUACAUGGUUAAUCUGCUGGUGAGCGCCUUGAAGACGCUGGUGCCCCAGUACGAGGCCACCUGCGCCGAGUUCUUUUCGGUUCUGUGCCGCACUCUGUCCUACGGUUGCAUCUACAACUGGCCCCUGCAGAUUGGCGAAGAUCUGCUGGGGGACGAGAUCAAGUGGCUGCAGAAGAUACGCGAGAAUGUCAAGGCCACGGGGGACACCCAAGUGCACGAGGAGCUGCUCGAGGGACACCUGUGCUUGGCCAAGGAGCUGAUGUUCUUUCUGGUGCCCGACUCGAAGGCCCAGCUCAACGAACUGAUACACGAGCUCAUCGAUGACUUUCUAUUUACGGCAUCGCGUGAAUAUCUGCAUUUACGACGACACGGCACCCUCAGGCAGGACACCGUACCACCGCCCGUCUGCCGCAGUCCACACACAAUAGCAGCCGCUUGCGAUCUCCUCAUAGCCUUGUGCCAGCUCUGUGUUCCUAAUAUGAAGCUACUCACCAAUACACUCAUUGAUUUCGUCUGCACGGACACCGAUCCGCUGCGCGAAUGGGACUACUUGCCGCCGGUGGGCGCCAGGCCCAGCAAAGGUUUCUGUGGUCUGAAAAACGCUGGGGCCACCUGCUACAUGAACUCGGUGCUGCAGCAGCUCUAUAUGGUGCCGGCGGUGCGCGUGGGCAUACUGAAAGCCCAUGGGGCGGCCACCAACGAUGGCGAGGACUUCAGCGGUGAUUCAGAGAUGACAACUGCCAGCCUGGGGGCGGCCUUUUUUUCGGUCCCCUCUGCGGCGAUUGUAUCGUUUUCGGCUUCCCUAGCUGGGGAGGAUGAGUCCACGUCCGUGCGCAAGAACUACCAUGUGGUAAUCCUGAAGCAUGUCCAGGCCAUAUUCGCCCAUCUCGGUCACAGUGCACUGCAGUUCUAUGUGCCACGCGGUCUCUGGACGCAUUUCAAGUUGCAAGGCGAGCCAGUGAAUCUGCGCGAACAGCAGGAUGCCGUGGAGUUCUUUAUGUCCCUGUUCGAGAGCCUCGACGAGGGCCUCAAGGCAUUGGGGCAGCCGCAGCUGAUGAACGCCACGCUGGGCGGAUCGUUCAGCGAUCAGAAGAUCUGUCAAGAGUGUCCGCAUCGCUACUCCAAAGAGGAACCAUUUAGUGUAUUUAGUGUCGAUAUUAGGAAUCAUAGCUCAUUAACCGAAUCUCUGGAGCAGUACGUCAAGGGGGAGCUGCUCGAGGGAGCCGAUGCAUACCAUUGUGAUAAAUGUGAUAAAAAAGUAGUUACCGUUAAGCGGCUAUGUGUGAAGAAGCUGCCACCCGUGUUAGCCAUACAAUUGAAGCGCUUUGAAUACGACUACGAGCGCGUCUGUGCGAUUAAGUUUAAUGAUUAUUUUGAGUUUCCUCGUAUCCUGGAUAUGGAGCCCUACACAGUUUCUGGCCUAGCUAAGCUCGAGGGCGAGGUGGUGGAGGUGGGUGAUAAUUGUCAAACAAAUGUUGAAACAACAAAAUACGAACUGACGGGCAUCGUGGUGCACAGCGGCCAGGCAUCCGGCGGCCAUUACUUCAGCUACAUACUCUCCAAAAACCCAGCGAAUGGCAAAUGCCAAUGGUACAAGUUUGACGAUGGCGAGGUGACCGAAUGCAAAAUGCACGAGGACGAAGAAAUGAAGGCUCAAUGCUUUGGCGGCGACUACAUGGGCGAGAUCUAUGACAACAAUCUAAAGCGUAUGCAGUAUCGCCGCCAGAAGCGCUGGUGGAAUGCCUACAUGCUGUUCUACACCCGCUGCGAUCAGACGCCCGUGCCGUUCGAGCCGAGCGUAGAGCAAUUGUCGCUCACCGAAAGCCGGAAUAUGGUACUGCCACUGCCCAAGCCCAUCGAGAGGAGCGUUAGACAUCAAAACAUACGGUUUCUGCAUUCACGUAGCAUUUUCUCCGUAGAGUUUUUCAAUUUUAUUAAAAAGCUUGUCAGCUGUAGUAUACCCUCGGCGAGGAGCGAUAAGAUUACACCCGCUGCCGAGGAGCUGUCCCUGUUGGGCGUCCAAUUGGCAUCGCAGUUUCUGUUUCACACAGGUUUCCGCACGAAGAAGUCGCUACGCGGCCCCGUCAUUGAAUGGUACGAUACGCUUUCACAUCACAUACGUUCCUCGGCGCUGGUGCGCAAAUGGUUUGCCAAUCAUGCCCUGCUCUCCCCACCAUCGCGUCUCGGGGAAUACAUACUGAUGGCCCCGUCGCCGGAGGUGCGCGCCGUGUUUGUCAAGUUGGUUGUGUUCUUCUGCCAUUUCGCCAUCAACGAUGACCCGCUGGUCGGCUACGAGGGCACCAAUCUCUGCGAACAGGUGCUCAUCAGUGUGCUGCGCCUGCUCAAGUCCGAGGCGGCCGACUACGGCAAGCACUUGCCCCACUAUUUCAGUUUGUUCAGCAUGUACGUGGGUCUGGGGACGCGCGAGAAGCAGCAGCUACUGAAGCUCAAUGUGCCGCUGCAGUUUAUGCUGGUGGCGCUGGACGAUGGGCCUGGUCCGUCCAUCAAGUACCAGUAUCCGGAGUUCAGCAAGCUCCAUCAGGUGGUCUCGCAUCUGGUGCGAUGCAGCGACGUGAGCGACAAGUGCCAGAGCUCCAAUCAGACGGGCAGUCCACAGGCCAGUCCCCUGCCCAAUCCCUUCAAGGACUCCAGUGUGGCCCACGAAGAGCUAACGCCGCUGUCCAGCGAGUGCAUGGACCUCCUCUUUAACAGAACAGGAUACAUCAAGAAAGUCAUCGAGGACACGAACGUGGGCGAUGAGGGGCUGAAGCUGCUCCAGUACUGCAGUUGGGAGAAUCCGCACUUCUCACGGGCCGUCCUCACCGAACUGCUGUGGCAGUGUGGCUUCGCCUACUGCCACGAUAUGCGCCACCACACGGAUCUGCUGCUGAACAUUCUGCUGAUCGACGACUCCUGGCAGCACCAUCGCAUCCACAACGCCCUCAAUGGCGUCGCCGAGGAGCGGGAGGGCCUGCUGGACACGAUACAGCGGGCCAAGACGCACUACCAGAAGCGCGCGUAUCAGAUCAUCAAAUGCCUAACGCAGCUCUUCCACAAGUCCCCGAUUGCCCUGCAGAUGUUGAACACAAAUCCGACCAUCUCGCGCCACUGGAGCAUUGCAGUAGAGUGGCUGCAAGACGAGCUGGAGCGGCAGCGCGGCAUCGGGUGUCAGUACAACUCGUACUCGUGGUCGCCACCAGCACAGAGCAACGACAACACCAACGGCUACAUGCUGGAGCGAUCGCUGUCGGCAAAGAACACCUGGAACCUGGCCUACGAGCUCUGUCCGGAGGAGGUUAGCGAGAAGACGGAUCAGGAUGAGAAUAACGAAUCCGACUUGGACUCCAAUCUGGAUGAGAACAAGCAGGAGGCGGGGCAGCAGCAGCAGCAGCCCACGGCUGCGCAGACGGAGACCGGUACGUCCGGCUCUGAUCCGACGCCUGAGAACAAGCCGAACGCCAUAAUCAACAGUGACCAAUCGACGUGGCCGACUCGCAUCGAGACCAAUCCCAUUCCGCGUCUGUCACGCCAGCUCUUUGGGGCAUACACAUCGACGGGAGGCAGCAGCCCCUUCGGAACGGUGGCACCCACUGUCAUCAGCUCCGCCGCCACCACUGGAGGAACCACUGGAGGGGGCGCGACGACUGGCAGCGGGGCAAACAGCGAGACGGAGAGCAGUGCCCAAGAGACGACCACAGUGGAGACCACGGCGAACAUAAACGGGCUGACCAACAGCCUGGAUCACAUAGAGAUAUCAUCAGUGAAAAAGAAGUAUCGCAAGAAAGAAAGGAGAAGAAAGCCAGAGGAAAAUAAUUGCGAGACGGCAGAAGAGUCGUCGGCGCCAGAGACAACAGCAGUCGCAGUCCCAGUAACCACAACUACAGAGGUCACAAAACCCAAGGCUGCAGCCGUCACAGGAGCAGCGGAUGCGGCAGUCACAAUCAACAACAGCAGCAGCACGCCCACAAUAGCGAUAACAGGGCCCACGAGCAGCGGCGGCACAACGUCAGAGACGGGAGCGGGGAUAGAGAAAAACUAUAUAUGAAAACCAGAGAUUUAAAAACGAUAGGAAGUGAAAGAAUUGAAACCCAAGAAAACCGAAAACCGAAGAGUUCUUUGCAAUAAAACACAUGUAAUCGCAUUAAUAACAAGAAAGUAGCAUGAGAGCAUCAACUUAGGAGGAGCAUCCGUAGCGUUAAGUGAACCAAAAGCAGCCUGACAAUUCAAACGGUGCGGGUGUGUUAUAUUAAUGGAGCUCCCGCCGUUGAAAACGAGACUUAAGUGGGGUUAAUAUAUAUAUACGAUUACACACACAAACACACAAUUAUAGAGCGAAAUCCGUAGAUAUUAACAGAAAAGAAGGGCAGAAGAAGCAGUGCAUAUAUUACUCGUACUCAUGUGAUCGAGGCGAGAGUCCAGGCACGAAGCGAACCGCAGUGCAGCGCGGAAGGAAGGUGUUUACUAGUUAUUGAACUUUAUAAUUACCUUUCACCACAACAGAUACACACAGGCUACACAACAGAUAUAGAUAUACAGAUACUGCAGAUACGAUACAGACAGACACACACACACUUUGAACACACACACGCGAGACAUUUAACAAAGAAACAAACAAACAAACACCCCACAACACACUCAUAAAAACUAAGAUGCGUUAAGUUGCACGUUUACGGUACCAUAUAAUUGUAUUUAUAUAGUAUAUAAAAUGAUGUAUUACGUAUUGAAGCCGAGGCAACCUUAACCUUAAUACUAAUCGAAAAACAAAACAAAACAAAAGAGAAAUUAAAAACAAAAUAAUAAUGAAUACAUAUAAUAAUAAUAAUAAUAAUUAAAUUACAAUACAAACUAGGGGAAACAAACAAAAAAAAAAAAACACCACGGAAUCGGCGGAUUGUAAGAAGAAUUAGGGCAUGAAACCAAAUUGCAUCCAUCGUACUCUCAUACUCUCACUCUCGCCUGAAACUGAAACUGAAACUCUGUUUCCAUAAUCAUAUUUCAAUCGCGUAACUCAAGUAAAUGGGAUGCUACUCGUAAAAUAAAUCAAAAAUGAAACAAAACAAAACAAAACAAAAAAUCAGUAUAAACUCAAGAGCAAAAUGGACUAAAGCGAAACGAGCGUAAAGAAACAAAACAAACAAAAAAAAAAAACUUGAUUCUGUUUACACUAAGUAUAAUAUACAUAUAUAUUUUUAAUUGAUUAGUGUUUUGUAUUAAGUGAAAUUUGUUAAACAUUUAUUAAAUUAUUAUGUUUUAAGUUGCAAAAUAAAAGCGAAAUGUAAGCAGA